AUAAUCCAUAUUUGCAAGCGAGUCCUAUCUACCUCCUAUUUUGCCAUUCCGGAGCAAAAGAAAAUAGUGGCGCUUCGCUGUCCUGCUUCCCAGCCGCUUUUCCUUUUCCUCGCAUGCUUUUUCACUGCAGUCGACUCGUCCGCGCCGGCUUCCUCCUCCAGCCCUCUUUUUUUUUUUUCCUAUUUAUGAAAACGUCACUUCAAGUCCCUCCCUGUUUGAAUCUCAUUAAGUUUUCUUGUGUGUUUCUCCCUGUCAAUAAUCCCUGAAUCCAGACUCUCUCUAUUUCCAUCCCUCUCUAUCUGUCAAUCAGCGCCGCCUUUGAACUGAAAACCACUCCGACCAACUUCAACUCACUCAAUCCGUGCGGCUGAGCUCCAUCUCCGGCUUCUUUUUCUGCCAAGAUUCCCUUCUUUUUUAGUUUCUACUUCACCGCCAGUGCUUGGAAAACGCCAGUACAGACCCUAAACUUAAACUCGGAUUCUAGAUCACCAAGAUCAAGGGUUUAAAACUUUGUGUUUUGUCCCCCAAAAUUGCUCGGGAACAUGCCGCAGCUCAACGGCGGUGGAGGGGACGAUUUGGGUGCGAACGAUGAGAUGAUUUCCUUCAAAGACGAAGGGGAGCCGGAGGAGAAGAUCUCGGAGAACUCCUCGGCAGAAAGGGAUUUAGCAGAUGUCAAAUCUUCUCUUGUGAAUGAAUCAGAAACGCAUCAAAACAGCUCGUCAGAUUCAGAGGCGGAAAGACGGCCUCCGCCUCGAUCAGAAACUUUCAGAGACAAAACGAGAGAAAGUUUAGAGGAGGCUGCGAAAAGGCAAGAUGGAGGUCUGUUCAAGACCCCACCGUACCCGGGCUACCCAUUUAUAAUGAUCCCCGAUCUCACGAGCACGUAUCUGCCCAAUGGAUCACUUUCCCCAACAGCACGCACAUACCUACAGAUGAAAUGGCCUCUUCUAGAUGUACAACAAGGCCUCCAAAGUCAAAGACAGGCUCUUAAAGAUGCCAGGUCUCCGUCUCCGGCACACAUCGUUGGACCAUUCUGCUUGGAGUUCAGCGGGCAGUCAGAUCUGAGCCUUCACCAAUUUCAGUUGUCUAAUAAGGUUCCAGUGGUACAGCACCCUCACCAUGUGCACCCGCUCACGCCUCUGAUAACCUACAGCAAUGAGCACUUCACACCCGGGAACCCCCCGCCUCACCUACAGGGGGACGUGGACCCCAAAACAGGAAUCCCAAGGCCUCCACAUCCUUCAGAUAUAUCCCCAUACUACCCUCUGUCUCCGGGCGCCGUGGGGCAGAUCCCCCAUCCGCUAGGGUGGCUAGUACCACAGCAAGGUCAACCUGUUUAUCCCAUCACAACAGGGGGGUUCAGACACCCCUAUCCCACCGCACUCACUGUCAACGCAUCCAUGUCAAGUCUUCUGUCCUCCAGGUUCCCCCCCCACAUGGUGCCCCCCCACCACAGUUUGCACACCACGGGCAUCCCCCACCCCGCCAUCGUCACGCCCAACGUCAAGCAGGAGUCCUCCCACAGCGACAUCAGCUCCCUUAACAGCUCCGCUCGGUUCCUAAGCUCGCUCCAUCCCUUCGCCACCUGCAGGAAACACUCAGACGCCAAGAAGGAGGAGGAGAAGAAGAAGCAGCCUCACAUCAAGAAGCCUCUGAACGCCUUCAUGCUCUACAUGAAGGAGAUGAGGGCCAAGGUGGUGGCAGAGUGCACGCUGAAGGAGAGCGCUGCGAUCAACCAGAUCCUGGGCCGGAGGUGGCACGCCCUAUCGCGGGAGGAGCAGGCGAAGUACUAUGAGCUGGCGAGGAAGGAACGGCAGCUGCACAUGCAGUUGUACCCAGGCUGGUCAGCGCGAGAUAACUAUGCGGGUAACCAACAGGGGAAAAAGAAGAAGAGGAAAAGGGAGAAGCAGCAGGCUGAGGGCAACGAACACAGAGAAUAUUUUCCAAACCCUUGCCUUUCACUCCCUCCGAUUACAGACCUGAGCGCACCCAAGAAGUGCCGAGCGCGCUUUGGGCUCGACCAACAGAAUAACUGGUGUGGCCCGUGCAGAUGCAAAUACCCCAAAGAAGUGUCGUGCAUUGUUCGGGCUUGACCAGCUGAGUUUAUGGUGCAAACCGUGCAGGAGAAAAAAAAAGUGCAUCCGCUACAUCCAAGGAGAGGGUAGCUGUGCCAGCCCUCCCUCCUCAGACGGAAGUCUGAUCGAC